CUCAGAGUUGAUGCACGUGAGCGGUUUUGGUGAUCACACAAUGAACCCUCAACAGCCGCUGUUCUUCCCGCCAGAAGAUCUGCACCUCUCCCCGCAGACUUCAAUGGGCAUGUUUCCACCACCGCCCAUGGCAAUUCCUGAUCGGUAUCUCAUGGAUAUGUACCUCGAUUUCGAUGGUUCUGCCGCGUCGGUCCAUUCUGGAAUGGGUCCCAUGGACGACUUCCCAACACCACCUCUCUCUGAUGAGAGCUUCGACGACGGCUUCAAGCCAUUCCCCGACGUCAUUCCGACAACAGAGUUGCCCGAACGAUGCUCGAAGGACCAUGAUUGCAUGAACCUCGGCAUCACUGCUCUGCAAAACCUCUAUGGUGUUGCGGAGUUGGCCCAAUCUACGCUGAGCGCGGAUCGGAUUCUGGACCGCAAUCGCAAAGCCAUCGAUGCCAUAUCUCAGUUGGUGGACUGCGAAUGCUCGGCAGACCCGGAGCUGGCUCUCCUCCUGUCAUUAAUAAUAUCCAAGGUUCUGCGAACCUAUCGCACCGUUACAGCUCAACGGAGCUCCUCGUGUUCUUCUUCCUCUUCCGUAUCCGGGUCAUCUCAAGAGUCGCUCUUUAACCAGGGAGACAUGGAUGCCGCCUUUACACUAGGAUCCUAUCGCCUCGACGAAGAGGAUGAGGAGAGCAUCAAGAUGCAACUCAUCCUACGCCAAUUAAAGCGCAUGGGUAGCCUUGUGGAUCGUUUUGUUGACGUCUACUCCCGCCAACGGAUGCACGGCAGCCACAUCUCCGGCGCACUGACAACAUUUGUCCGCGGAGAGUUCAAAGCGUCCUUGAAAGAGUCUACCGACAGACUAAGUAGCUCGAUGCAGGAGCUAUUCUGAGCAAUGACUUUGACGAUAUUAAAUUCUCCGUUGUACUAUGUUGCAAUAUAUCGGCGUUGGGUAUGGAUAGACCGGUGCAUGGGCGGAUACCACAUCGUGGACGGACAUUGUAACGACAGGCGUUGGUAGUAUUGGCCAGGUGGUUCGCUUAGGGUUAGCAUCGACAAUCUAAUCGCCCGACUUAGGUGUCUGUGUACGAAGUUGACUUGGACUCUUGUAACCAUUUUGUGACAUUGUAAUGAU